AUGGUGCAUGGCAGCAAGCAUAUUCUUAACGCUCAGGUCGCGAUCCGAGCCCCGUGCUGUCAGAAGUGGUUUGACUGCCCAGAAUGUCACGCUGAAGUGUCAGCGCAUCGACUGAAGAAAACUCUCGAAAUGAUCUUUAUGUGUAAAAAGUGCAAGAAAGCCUUCCGAAAGGACAUGGCAACAUAUGAGGAGAGUGAUGAGUACUGCCCUCAUUGCGACAACCAUUAUGUCAUAGAAGCGAAAACUCCUCAAGCGAUGCUCGGUGUCGAGGGUGAGGAUGCAAGGAUAGAUUCAAGAAUGAUAAAAGACGAGCGUACCAGACAAGACCCCAAGAGUUCCAUAUUUAUGCAGGAUUUCUCAGAUCGGGUAGGGAUAUGA